ACACCAAAUUCAAAGUUUUUCAACAACCCGGAAGUAGUAGAAAUAUCUGAUACGGACGAUGAGCAAACAACAGUGGAUACAACUGAAUAUGAAUAUUCUGCAUCUGAAAUAGUAUCAGAAAAAAGUAAUUGGGAUAAAGUUAGUGUGACAAGGAAUAAUAGAGGUGUUCAAAGAGAAUUGAGUACUUUGUCACAUGAAUCUGAUACCACGAAUAAUUCUGGUAGUGUUUUUAACACACCUCUUUCUAAAUCCUCAUUGAUUUGUGAAUUAGAUAAUACUUAUAAG